AUGCUUUAAUUUUAAUUUGCUACAAAAAAAAGAAUAUAAAAAAAGCCUAAAAAAGAAGAUGAUGCAAAUCCAAUAUAUACAUUAACAUAAGCCUUAAAAUUAGUUAGAUCUCAUGCAAUAGCACCAUAUGUAGAAUCAAUAGACUUUUGUGUUAUAUUAAAUGUAGAUCCAAAGCAUGGUGAUUAAAUUGUUAGAGGUACAGCAUAAAUGCCUUUUGGAUUAGGAAAAUAAAAAAAGGUUUGUGUUUUUGCAUCAGAAUAUUCAAAAUAAAAGGUUUUAGAUUCAGGAGCUGAUAUGUUUGGAGAUGACGAAGUUAUAAAAAAUAUUAAAAAUGGUGUAAUUAAUUUUGAAUAAAUUAUUUCAACACCAGAAGGUUUAAUUAAGCUUAAACCAUAUGCAAGAAUACUGGGUCCUAAAGGUCUUAUGCCAAAUGUAAAAAUAGGAAAUUUAGUUGAAGAAGAAAAAUUAGAAGAAACUAUUAAAAAUGCAAAAAUUGGUUAAGUUUAAUUUAGAGUUGAUCCUGGAAGUAAUAUUCAUUCGCCUUUAGGAAAAAUUACACUUUCAGAUAAAUAAAUUGUCGGAAAUUUAUAAUCUUUACUUAAUACUUUAAUAUAAAAGAAACCAGAUUCUGUUAAAUAAAAUUAUUUUGUUGAUGCUUAUCUUAAGCCUACUAAAGGACCUAGCUUUAGAGUUAAUAUUGAAACUAUAGACCCAAGAAAUAAAUCUUCAUAAUUGCUUUUAUUUUAAUGA